AUGUCAAGAAUCAGCAUCUCAUGGAUCUUCGGCUUCCUUGCCCUCUUCGCCUUCGCAGUCGCUCAUGCAACCACCACCCCCUCGUCGGGCCUGCCUUACACCGUGGGCAACAUCACCCUUGCCAAUGGCAUUGACGUCUUCUAUCGUGAAGCCGGGCCCUCCAACGGAACCACACUCCUGCUUUUGCACGGCUUCCCUUCCUCGUCCCAUCAGUUCCGAAACUUUAUCCCCAUUCUGGCAGGACAUGGCUACCAUGUCAUCGCACCAGACUAUCCCGGCUUUGGAUUCACCACGGUCCCCUCGUCGCUAAACUUCGCAUAUAGCUUCACGACGCUCACAGACACGGUCGCUGCGUUCCUCGAUGCCAAGAAUAUCAGCUCCUUCAUCCCUUAUAUGCACGACUACGGCGGGCCUGUCGGCUACCGCCUCGCCAUCCAGCGACCGCAGUCCAUCCUGGCUUUGAUCUCACAGAAUGCGAACGCCUACCUCGAAGGAUUCGGUCAGUCCUUCUGGCCUCCAGUCGUUUUUCCCCUCUGGAACGCAACCACGCCGGCAGAAUUUCAGACCGCUGCCAACCCUGUCAACAGCACGGUCCUCAGCCUCCGGGGCAUCCAAUCGCAGUAUACGACAGGCAGCGCCAAACCCCGGCUGAUCGAGCCCGAGGCCUACUGGCUAGACUACUCGCUCAUCAACGAGAAACCGGGUAACCGGGACAUUCAGAUCGACCUGCUCACGGACUAUCGCUCAAACGUGCCGCUCUACCCGUCAUGGCAGGCCUAUUUCAGACAGAUGCAACCCAAAUUGCUGGCCGCCUGGGUGAAGAACGACAUCAUCUUUGUCCCACCAGGGGCGCACGCUUACAAGAGAGACCUUCCCAACGCCGAGGUCGUCCUGUUGGACGCCGGUCACUUUCUACUGGAGACUAAUCUGGCACAGCAGGCGAACAUUGUGUUGGCAUUCUUGAGGAAGAACGGCCUGUGA